UCACAAAUCGGGAACUCCCCUCGCUGUAAAAUGCAGUCAUCCGCAACAAUGAGCAUGUAUAAAUUGAAAUAAAAAGCAUGCAAGGUGACUUUCUCUUUGUGUAAGCGUGCCUCUAUUAGUUUCUCUGCCUUUAAAUGUUGAGUAACACUAAAGGAUAAACAAUGUUGUUCAUGCGCAAUGUCUACAGUCUGGUUGUAGUUGUCUACCUUUUCGCGCAAAACGGACAGCUAGAGGCGACAGCCGGUAUGCGUAUCACAGUAGCAGAAAAAAUUUUAAAGAUGGUUAACGAAGCCGAAAUAAAUGCACUGCAGCGCGACUUAAACGGUAAAAGAUUCGACGACCUCAGCGAUUCUGGAGACAUGUCUUGGAGGCUUUCAGACAUACAUGUUCAGUACCUGGGAACAAUGACGUCAAGUAUCAACUUAUUAAGUAACGGCCAAAUCAGAUGGACGUGUGAUAUUAGCUCUAUAACGGUGGAAGCAGAUUGGUGGGCAAGCUUGAAAAGUUGGUUCGGCAGAAAACUCUGGCGGGCUUGGAAUAAGCCUAAGCAGUUGUUCCGCGAGUGUCGGCAGCUUCAACAUCGAUUUUUCUGGUAGUUUUUUAAGUGGACUUUUAAAUGUAAUCUCGAGCGUUUUUGAGCGCGACAUCCAAAAA